AUGAACCAAGGUCAUCAGAACCAAUACGGCGGCGAGGGCGACCCAGAAGGUGACCGUGGUGUCAUGGGCGGUCUCGCGGGUGCAGCAGCCGGAGGCUACGGUGGCCACGCCCUCGGUGGAAAAGCCGGCCACGGCGUAGCCGGCACGGUAAUCGGCGCCCUCGCAGGAGCAUUCGCAGGCCACAAAGGCCAAGACGCCGUAGAAGACAAAUGGGACGAGCGCAAAGAGAAGAAGAAGCAAGAAGAAGAGGAAGAAAAGCGCAAGAAAUACGGCCAGCAACACCAAGGCCCCCCUCCCAUCCAACACCACCAAGACACCAACAACCAGCGCUCCCAAGGCGACUUCGGCGGCAACUUCAGCGCCUCCUCGCGCGACAUUCGUCUCGAUGCCCAUGGCGACUACACACUGCACGCCCAGUGCCGCCGCGCAGACGGCUCCUACCAAUCCUCCUCCAUAUCCCUGAACCGCAUCCUCGAAAACGACGGCGGUAGUUUCCGCUGGUCGGGCUCCAACUCCAGCGGCGGCGGCGGCGAAAACACGUACACUGUCCAACAAGGCGAUACCCUCCGCGCCAUUGCAUCACGCUUCUCGCACUGCUCCUACGAAGAUCUUGCUCGCCACAACAAUAUUACCAACCCGGAUCAGAUCUGGCCUGGCCAGAAUCUUAAGGUCCCGGGUGGGAAUAGCAGUCGUGGGGGUGGUGGGUUUGGGAAUUCGGCGAGGGGAAUGAGGUUGGCGGAUGGGGGGCAGAGGUUGGAGGGCGAGUUGGAGUAUCAGGGGCAUUGGAGGAUGAGGGAGAUUAAUCUUGAUGAGAGGAUUAGUAAUAGGGAUGGUGCGCUGGUUUUUGUUUAG